AUGUACCUGCUGGACGGCAGCAGCGAGCCCGCGUCUCCGCCUGCGGACGCGAUGCCGCGCGGGACGCCCCCCAGGAAGACGGUCUACCAUAUCUCCGUAACCAUGGUCAGGAAGGACCAGCUGGCCGCGCCGGGCCCCGACCCACGCCCGGCUCUGAGGCCGCGGCCCGCGCGCUCCCCUGAUGCGCCCGGACGGCUGGUGGAGGAGGCCGAGGAGGAGGCGGCCGACGCUGAGGACCCCGAGGGCCGCCGGCCGCGCGCCUGGGACUUCCGCACCUUCCGCACCCGCAGCACUGGGCAGCUGGAGCUCGGGCGGCUCCGGCCUUGCGCACGCGGCCUCGAGCCCGCGGACUUGGCCGGCAGCGUCCCGGCCGUGGAGGAGGGGCCCGGCUCGCCCGCGCCCGGCAGCCCCGACGUGGAGGGGGUCCGGGCCGCGCCCCUGCGGCGGAGCCUCAGUUUCAGGCACUGGAGCGGGCCCGAGGCGUCGCGGAGUCGGACCCUGGGCCGCGGGAGACGCCACAGCAGCUCCGGGAGCCUGGCCUGGGCGCCGGGUGGCGAGGCCUCGGCGGACUCCGGGGCCGCGGUGGAGCCCGCGGCGCCAGCGCAGCCCGCCUCGGAGAAGCGCAACACCCUGGAUGUGGGCGAGGUGCUCAGCAAGAACGAAGCGCUCUCGGACCUGGAGCGCUGGGAGCGCAGCAAGAGCAAGAACCGCACGCUGGACAACAGCGACCUGCAGCGGCUGGAGCGCGCGCGGGCGGCGGCCGCGGGCCCCGGCGCCGCUUCGGAGCACCGGCUGCUGCGCUUCUUUAGCGGCAUCUUCGCGCGCAGGGAUGGCGCGCCCGGCGGCGGUUCCUCUCCCCGGAGCGGCGGCGCCUCGCGGCCCCGCGGCUACUUCAGCAGCCUGCGGCGGGCCCCAGCCGACGCGCACUCGUCCAGCGCGGAGAGCAUCGACGGGUCCCCGCGCAGAGAUGCCUUUGUGAAUAGCCAGGAAUGGACGUUAAGUCGAUCUGUCCCAGAGCUCAAAGUGGGGAUCGUGGGUAAUUUGGCCAGCGGCAAGUCGGCCCUGGUGCACCGGUAUCUGACGGGCACGUAUGUCCAGGAGGAGUCUCCCGAAGAUAUGGAUGCAGGUGGCCGAUUCAAGAAAGAGAUUGUUGUUGAUGGACAGAGCUACCUGCUGCUGAUUAGAGAUGAAGGGGGCCCCCCAGAGGCGCAGUUUGCCAUGUGGGUGGAUGCUGUGAUCUUUGUCUUCAGCUUAGAGGAUGAGAUAAGCUUCCAGACCGUUUACCACUACUACAAUCGGAUGGCCAACUACCGGAACACGAGCGAGAUCCCUCUGGUUCUGGUGGGGACCCAGGAACUUAGCUCGGCCUCGGCCCGGGGCAUGCUGCUGAAGCGGAGCGGCAAAUCACUGAACAAGGAGUGGAAAAAGAAAUACGUCACCCUGUGUGACAAUGGUGUGCUGACGUACCACCCAAGUUUACAUGAUUACAUGCAGAACGUUCAUGGUAAAGAGAUUGAUCUUCUGAGAACCACUGUGAAAGUCCCAGGGAAGAGGCCACCCCGAGCCACGUCGGCCUGCGCGCCCAUCUCCAGCCCUAAAACUAAUGGCCUGUCCAAGGACAUGAGCAGUUUACACAUCUCACCAAAUUCAGGGAAUGUCACUAGUGCGUCUGGGUCUCAGAUGGCCAGCGGCAUCAGCCUGGGCUCCUUCGGCAGCCGGCAGGACGGCAUGCAGCAGCGCUCCUACUCUGUCUCCAGUGCCGACCAGUGGAGUGAGGCUACGGUCAUUGCAAACUCGGCCAUCAGCAGUG